GUUGAGAUUAUAAUUACACCAGAAUUAUCAUGUUAGUAGUGCCAUACUAUUGUAUUAUUACUUAUAGAAUCAAUCAUAAAUCCCAUGUUAUUGCAGAAUUGACAACUCUCUACAGUAAUUUCUCUGAACUGAUCUGGGGAAAAUGAAUGGUUGAGAAUCAGGACACCCUUUCUCCAGAAUGCAUGGCCAACUCACACAAGUUGCAAGAGACGGAACAUUUAACGAAGGAACUAUCAGUUCUGUUCGGUGAACGUUUCCUCUGACGGACCAGAAAAUGAUAUAUUUGUAAACAGAAUCAGUGAAGCCUCACAUUGUGCCCUUUUGAUGGCAUCAUCAUCAUGCAAUGUGGAGGAGGAGCGUUCUUCUUUGUUACACACAUCCUCAUGUGGAUUCAUGUGAGAGCUGACUCACACACACAGAGAGAGAGAGAGCCAUCAGCCUGUGUAAGAAAAGCAGUGCCAGCCCAAAACUGUGUCAUAAGAAUUUCUGGCAAAGGCCAGAGCUAUCAUAAACUCAAUAAGAGUGUCCGCCUCUAGCUAGUUGAUUAACAGAGCUGUGUUAACGAGGAAUUGUUUUCCUGGAAGAAGCCUCCUACCCUCGAGGAACACGGCUUCCCUCUGGGGCUCAGACUGCAGAUGCUUCAGCUGCGAGGUCCAGAGCCGCUUGGAUCGUCCCCUGCCCAGAGAACCACCCAGCCCCAUAGAGAACCACCACCCCGCCUGCCCUAACAGCCUCCACACGGGGCCAAGCCGAGGAGCACCAUGGAGGAGGUAGAGGACAUUAGCCCUGCCCUGGAGGCCACCGAGGACUUCCUACACUGCCUGGACGGAGGUGGAGGCCAGGGAGGGGAGGGGGUCCGGCAGCCCAGGCAGCACCACCCCAAGCUGCAGGAGAUGUCUGUAGCCCUGGGGAAGCUGAGCUCUAGCGGGGUGUGGGGCCUGCUGGCUGGGGAGCAGGGGACCGAGGUGUCCCCGCGUAACGUGGCCUGGGCUGACCAGCCCUCGGCCUUCAGCGUGCUGGCUCUGAGGCAGGGGAAAAGGAGCCGUGCUCGUUCCACUAAUGACCUGGCCGCCCACACCAAGGACACCAACAACACCUCCUCUAACGCCGCCUUUAACAAAGGCCACAACCGCUCGCGGUCUGAUGUUAAUUACCGGCCGUCCUACAUGGACAACGCUAACGGCCUGCCUGCUGUGGACAAGGAUACGCUGAAGAACAUGGCUCUCAACGACCAUAGAGAAGAAGGCCGUACGGACAGCAGCGGUAGUGUGGUGAAACAGGGUACCCUGGAGCAUCGUGAGGGUCAGAAGGGUCGUUGGAGCGUCUGUCACGUAGAGCUUACCCCAUGUGAGCUGCGCGUCUACAGCCUGGACAGCAGCGGUAACCGGCAGCUCUGCACCGCCUACCCCCUGUCCCACUGCCAGGGGGUCAGCCAGUCCCAGCCGCCCCAGGACGGGCGAGUCCUCCAGGCCCUCUUCUUCAACAGCUCCACCCGCCUGCAGUUACGUGCCGCCUGCCAGUGGGAGGUGCUAGACUGGAGGAGGCUGAUCUGGGAGAGAGUACUGGCUGCCCAGCCCGCCCACAAAAAUGCAGAGUGUCUUCCAGCCUUCUCCCCGUCAUCUUCCGUUACCUCUGGAGGUCGCGACACCAGACCAGAUCCCUGUGGUCCUGCUGAGGCUGCCCUGGCCCCUGGUUGCUCCCAUCUCCUCCCGGCCCGGCCCACGGCCCUGCCCCUGUUCACCCAGUGCUGUACGGAUGUCCUCAAGGCUGGUCUCCUCCACCAGCUGACUGACCAGAACAACUGGAGGGCCUUCACCUUCGUACUGAGUCGCUCCACGCUGCAGGCCUUUCCCACCGAGGGCCGGGGGCCCGUGUCUGAGCCCGUCCUCCACUACCCGCUGGCCUCCUGCCUGGCUGUGCAGAGGGACGAGGCCGAGGGGGUGAGCGCUGGCUGCUUCCAAGGCGUCUUCCCCAGCGAGGUGCUCCGUCUGCGGGCUGAGAGCAAACUCAAGGCCCAGGACUGGGUGGAGGCCCUGCAGAUGGCCGUGGCACCCCAGAGGCCCCAGGGUGAGGAGGGACAGGGUUCCGGCCAGGCCCAGCCGGGUGCAGUGUCGACGGGGAUUCUGCUGAGGAGCAAGCCCUCCAGGGAGAGGAGGCAGAGGGACACCCAGAGGGCCAAGAGACAGUCAGUCACCACCAGCUUCCUCAGUAUCCUCACCUGCCUGGCUGUGGAGAAGGGCCUGACCACCCAGAGCUUCCGGUGUGCAGGGUGUCAGAAGCCAGUAGGGUUGUCGCGGGGCAAGGCCAAGGUGUGUUGCUUCAGUGGCUGGUACUACUGCCAGAGCUGUCACCAAGACAACCUGUUCCUCAUCCCUGCCCGCCUGCUGCACAACUGGGACACCAACAGACACAAGGUGUCCAAGCAGGCCAAGGAGUUCCUGGAGUUUGUUUAUGAGGAGCCCCUGCUGGAUGUGCAGCAGUUGAACCUGUGUCUGUAUGAACACUGUGGGGGCCUGGCUGCAGUCCUACGCCUGAGACAGCAGCUCCAGUCCCUCAGAGCAUACCUGUUCAGCUGCCGCGCCGUGGCCGAGGACCUCCGGAGAAGGAUCUUCCCCAGAGAUUACCUACUGCAACAUAUCCACCUGUACUCACUGGCUGACCUGCAACAGGUGAUAGAUGGGACGCUGGCCCCCUUCCUCUCCAAAGUGAUUCAGUUUGCCAGUUCCCACGUCUACAGCUGCAGACAGUGCAGAGAGAAGGGCUUCAUCUGUGAGAUGUGUCAGAACAGACAGGUCAUCUACCCCUUCCAGGAGAGUGCUAAUAAGAGGACCUGAGCCCUAGGACCAUGCCUCAGGACUACCUGGCAUGGUGACUCCUUGCUGUCCCCAGUCCACCUGGCUGUGCUGCUGCUCCAGUUUCAACUGUUCUGCCUGUGAUUAUUAUUAUUUGACCAUGCUGGUCAUUUAUGAACAUUUGAACAUCUUGGCCAUGUUCUGUUAUAAUCUCCACCCGGCACAGCCAGAAGAGGACUGGCCACCCCACAUAGCCUGGUUCCUCUCUAGGUUUCUUGCUAGGUUUUCUAUUGAGUUUUUCCUAGCCACCGUGCUUCUACACCUGUAUUGCUUGCUGUUUGGGGUUUUAGGCUGGGUUUCUGUACAGCACUUUGAGAUAUCAGCUGAUGUACGAAGGGCUAUAUAAAUACAUUUGAUUUGAUUUGACCUACCUAUCUACCUACCUUACUUCCUAACUUCCUACCUACCCACCAACCUCUCCCUCCCUCCUUACCUCCCAACCUCCCUCCCUACCAACCUGUCUCCCUACCUACCUGCCUACCUCCCUCCCUCCCUACCAACCUCCCUCACUCCCUACCUACCUCCCUCCCUACCAACCUGUAUCUCCACCUACCAACCAAUCUCCCUCUCUACCAACCUACCUACCUAUCAACUUCUCUCCCUACCUACCUACCUACCAACCAACCAACCAACCAACCAACCUACCUACCUACCUACCUACCUACCUACCUACCUACCUACCUACCUACCUACCUACCUACCUACCUACCUACCUACCUACCUACCUACCUACCUACCUACCUACCUACCUACCUCCCUCCCUCCCUCCCUCCCUCCCUCCCUCCCUCCCUCCCUCCCUCCCUCCCUACCAACCUACCUACCUAUCAACUUCUCUCCCUACCUACCUACCAACCAACCAACCAACCUACCUACCUACCUACCUACCUACCUACCUACCUACCUACCUACCUACCUACCUACCUACCUAUCAAUUUCUCUCCCUACCUACCUACCAACCUACCUAACUACCCAACCUACCUACCAACCUCUCUCCCUCCCUACCAACCUACCUACCAACCUCUCUACCUCCCUACCUAUGUUUUUUUCUGCAGGUGUGUGUUGAUGAUUCAGGCUGCAGGAAUGGGUCCCUUGCACAGGAGGCUGCUGAGGGGAGAACAGCUCAUAAUAACGCCUGGAAACCAUGUGUUUUGAUGUAUUUGAUGCCAUAAUCCCUAUUUUUUAUACCAAUGAUACCAUAAUCCAUUACAUGUGAACUAUUACAAAAAAAACAGUAACUGUAAUCCGUUAUGACCUCUAGGGUAAACACUCACGGAUUACAUGUAAUCCAUUAAAUUUAAGGGAUUACAAAAAAUUGUAACUGUAAUCCAUUAUGUUACCAGCAAAAAUAUUGUAAUUGAAUUACAGAUACUUGUGAAAAACCAAAUGAUUACUUCGAGGAUUACUUUUAAAUUCAGAAAGGAUGUUUGUGAUUUUUUUUCUCUCAAUGACAUUCAAAUCGGCAUUGAAAAAAGGCCCAAGUUUCAGUUUGUUCCACCUGAGAGAGUCAGACCACAAGUCAGAGACCAGGAGGAUACAGUAGGAUACAGUCCAAGCUAAGUCUUCCAAUGGUGCGAAUGCUGUCGGCAUCCAAAGAUUAUAUAACUUGAAUAAACGCUUGGAGGUAAGGAUGACAGCAGUGGUGUAGUCUACUGCAUACAGAUAUCACUUAUUAUUGAUAUCUACAUAGCACAUUGAUGUGAAUCACACUGCUGCUCUCUCAUUUAGCUAUUUGCGCCGUACGGAUUGUGGUUGUUGUGGAUGGCUGUUCACAAAUCUAAAUGUGGAUUUGAACCCAAUAAUGGUUGAUUUCAACAAGUUUAAGCUGCCUAUCAAUCAUUGUUUUUGAAACCAGUGGACAGCCUGUGAUAAAUGCGGUCUUGCUGCAGUGUGGAUCCAAGCCUAUGGAAUACAAGUGCGGCUUUUAUUUUGGCAUUAAUACAUGCCACAUAUCAGUUUGCAAACAAUGUAUAUAUAUAAUUGAGUUAAUAAAGCCGCAUACAACAUGGUC